CCAUUCACAUUACAGAAGUCACUCAUGUUCCUUGCCCUGCAUUUUCAACUUCACUUCGCGAAAACUCACCAUUCAUGCGGGUCCUUGCAUUUUCAAGUUACAGAAAGCCCCUUCACACUCCAGCCAUGCGGGCCCCUGCACCAGCACAUCUCACGAAAAACUAUCUCACAUUUUACGGCCCCUGAAUUUGCAUUUUCGAGUCACGGAAAGCUACAUUUCACACAACCCUGCACCUUCUUUACACCAGAUGCACCAUACCAGUUCAUGCGAGCCUCAAUCCAAGACAUUACUGCAACAGAGCACAUCCCUUCUUUCUUUCCUUUCUUGGACAUACAGCUACUAUUAGUAGGAAAGUGAGGCUCAGUUACAGCUGCUAUGAGAGUUUAGUGAGCCUCAGUUAGACAGAGGAAUGCCUGCUCCAUUUUUGGUAUUUUUGGUCUAUGUGUUAGAAGGCAACUCAUUUGUUACCUCAAGAAAAGAGAAAAUGAAAAGGAGGGAGAGAAAAACAUUUAGUUUUUUACCAAAGAGUUGUAGACUGUGUUCAGCCGACUCCCAAGACCCAUUUUCUAUCAAUUGCAAUUUUGACAUUUUUCUUAUUGAAUGCAAGACUUGUGGCUGGAUUCAAGCUCUUAUUUUCAUUGCAUUUAUAUUUAAGUUAUUUCUCAUUCUGGCUUGGUUCAUUUCAGUAAUUGUAUUUUUGGUAGUCACUUGUGUUUGGAAUUAUUCUUGGUAGUUUCCAAUUUUUGGUAGUCACUUGUGUUUGGACUUCUUUUUGGUGGCUCUAAAUCUUUCUUCCAAUAGAAUUUUAUUUUCAUUUUAGUUCAAUAGUUUUGGUAGUCAUUUGUGUUGGAUUUGUUCUCGAUGGCUUCUGUUCCGUUUGUUCCUUCAGUAGCGUUUACAUACGUUGAGUUGUUUGGAGUUGUACUUUGGAUUGUACUCAGUGGUGUCGAAUGAUUCUAAGUAGUGUAAAUUUUUCUAGGUUAGAAUGAACUCUUGGGGAUGAGAAAUAGUGGGUUUCAUAUUUGCACACAUGGUGUUUGAUGAAAUGUCCCUUAGAACAUAAUCUUCACAAUUUGUUUAUUUCUUGGGAACAUUGGAUUAGAUGACUUCAUGAAUGUGGUUUAGCUUCAAGCAAGGAUAACCAAAAUUAAUUCAAUGCACAUUCACGAAUCCAUUUAAUGAACGGAAGUGGUUGAAGUAACAUCAAGGCACAUUGGAGUAAAAAUUAUUGGAUGCGAGCUAAAUAUUUUUUAUUCCCCACUCAUGUUUGACUUCUUAUUUUCUUCAUCUUUUGCAUACCCUUCAACAUUCAUUCACCAUCUCUUACAAAGGAAACAAGGGAAUUUUUAACAAUGUCCAAAAAGAAUCGGUUCUCAUUGUGAAUAUGAUUAUAGAUAGCCUUAAUUAAUAACUUUCUUUUAUUGUUAAUAGUGGAUGAAUUUACAAUUUAGACUAAUCGUUAUUUGAGGAAACAACUUAGGGACUUCCCUAUUAUUAUUUGACAACUCUUAUACUUGGGAGUAACUCUUAAAACACUUUUUAGAGAGAGAGAGUCAGCUGUUGUAUGUGGCCAGGAACUAUGAGCUACUAUUAUGUGUGGGCAGCAAUAGUGGUCAGUAACUAUGAGCUGUUGUAUGCCUUUUUUUGUGCUGCCAAUUCUUUUUCUCUAUUUGUAAAACUUGUGAUUUGAUUUGUAGUUGUCUUGAGAAGUUUUGUUUGUAGUUAUGAUUUUAUUUGAUCUAUAAAUUUUGGUCAACAAUUGUGAAAGUGCUGAAAGUAUAGAUUGUUGGAUUGUGAACAUUAUGGUAGUGUUUAAAUGAUAGUAGUAGUAGCAAAAUUUGUUGCUCAACUACAAAUGCUUGUGGGGGAGAGUUGUGAAAAUAAAUAUGAAAAUAAAUAUUGGAGUUUGUUGGGAAGAGUUAGAGAUUAUGAAAAGAAAAAUAAAUAAAAAAUUGUAUUAAAAAAUAUAUUUAAAAAAUAAUAUUAUUUUAUUAUUAUAGAGAAUGAGAAAGCUAAUUUAAUAUGGAGUGGAAAUUUUGAGUCUUUAAUCAAAAGUCAAAAAGUUAUCAUAUUAGCUAAAUUUUAACUUGAAGAUAGUUAAUCUAACGUGAGUGCUCUCACAAUAGGGUUCAAAUCAAAUGAGGUUGGACAAAGGGAUCUCCCUUUUCCAUUGCCUUGUACAUUGUUUGAGAAUCGUUUUCUGCCUGAGAGCCACACAUACUAAAAUUAGAAUGGCUUAUUGUUCUGCAGUCUAAUAAUACUUAAAUAAUGUGUCUUGACCAUAUCUUAAAUUUGCAAAUUGUCACACAAUGAAUGAUUUUCAUAUGUUCUUGGUGGCAGAAAUUUAACAACUAGUUUUUGUUUUUCCCCCCCUUUUUUUAAAAAAAAAAAAAUAGAUUUGCUAUAAAUUUAUCAUUAUUAAUAUAUAAAUUCCAAAAUAUUUUAAUUAGAUCAGCAAAGGAAGAAUUCCACGAAGCUCAUGAUUUUAAUACGCAAAUUCAAUGCCAGUUCCAUGAUUUGAAUGCUCCCACGUUACCCCUCCAUAGACAACAUCCAAUUCCUCUCCAUUUGUAAGCGCCCUCUCUCUCUCUCUCUAAACCCCGUUUGUCAACUUUGUUUCCUGGGUAAGUCGCGGAGAUUGGUUCUUCGAAACGAUUAUUGGUAAUAUUUAUAAAAUUUCCAAAAGCUGUGGAUUGGUAAGUUGAAGAUGGCGAGAUUGUGAGUCCUGGAAUAUAUGUUCUACUUGAGGACGUGAGGGGUUGACAAAGCAGUACGGAUGCGGUUGUUUCCGUUGAGCUCUAGCUCGAGCUCAAGCGCCCAAAACGAUCAAAAUGAAAGGGUAAAGAAAAAUCUGUCUCCCUUGUACCUCAAUGUCUACGACCUCACGCCCGUAAAUAACUACCUUUGUUUGUUCGGCGUUGGCGUCUUCCAUUCGGGCAUUGAAGUUCAUGGCUUGGAGUAUGGCUUUGGAGCACAUGAAUAUUCUUCUAGUGGGGUGUUUGAGGUGGAACCAAGAAGUUGCCCUGGCUUCAUCUUCAGACGGUCAGUGUUGUUGGGAAGCACCGAUAUGUCUCAUUCAGAAUUCCGGUUGUUCGUGGAGCACCUCUCUGCAAAGUAUCAUGGAGACACCUAUCAUUUGAUUUCCAAAAACUGCAACCACUUCACGGAUGAAGUUUGUACUCGGCUAACUGGAAAGCCCAUACCAAGAUGGGUAAAUCGGCUUGCCCGAUUGGGGUGCUGUCAAAUCUCUACAGGUCUACUGUAUGGCACUCUUGCCCCAGUGGAAACUGGUUAUGUAAGGGUUUUAAAGGGUUCUUUCUGCAAUUGUCUUCUGCCCGAAAUCAUCGAGGUUACAGCAGUGAGACAUCUGCCUGAUAAUCCAACAUUUUCUGAUGAUAACGGGUCAGAAUCUUCUACAUCAUUUGCUUCAGCAGUCACUGAAGAGAACGAACCAAAUCACCAUCUACUGACCCCAUCAAAUGGUGAUGUGGUUUUUAUAAAGGAAAAAUCUGGGAAGCUAGCAAGGGAGCUCAUGUGAUUCUUUCCUCCAAUUCCAAUCACAAUUCUCUCUCUCUCUCUCUCUCUCGGGUCAUUCUGUUGCCUGUACUAGUAAUGUAUGGCCUCAGGUGUUUAUGCCAACAUCUGUCAAGUAAAUUAUUCAAGUUUUCAGUGUAUGUGUCCUUGUGUAUCGUUGAUCCCAAGAGUUGUAUGUCGCCUAUAUUAUUUAUAAAUGUGUUGAGUAUGGCCAAAUUAAUCGUGUAGAGCAUCAUCAUCAGAAAUUUGCAUUUUAUACAGUAUAAUUCAUAAAUAUAAGGGUGUUUGUAUGUAUUUGCAUUUCA